AUGGAGUCGUACAAAAACCCACCAUGUUGCAUUAGCUACUUUGAAGUAAAUGGUGUUUGCGAAGUAUGUCCCCCGGGUUCCUAUGGAGUAAACUGCUCUGAGGAGUGUCCAAAAGGCUUUUAUGGUCGUUUUUAUGAGGAAAAUUGUACAUGUACAGACAUCUGUGAUAAGCAAUAUGGCUGUGUGGAAACAACUAGUGAGAGAAAUUUGGUUGUCAGUCAUGAUGAAGAGAAAACUCCCAACCUAUCUUUCUUUUCCUCGGUGUUUAUAAUAAUGUUGGUGAAAUCAGUGGUAGGAAUAGUCAUCUGCUUCCUUGCUAUUUUUGGUACAACUGUUUAUUUCGCAAAAAAGUCCAGGGUAACAAGAUGGAGUAUUUACGCAUGUGCUGCUUCAGCACAGGAAAUGCAACAAGAGGACUAUAGUGUGAUCCUAACAAACAGGACAGAUCAACCUUAAUGUGCAAGAAACAAAAGAUUUUGAAAAAUCAAUAGGUUGAAUUUAGUUUCUUUUGCA